CUCUUCUGAGGGGCUGCAGGGACUUCAACACUGGAGGAGGUUCGGCACAUACUGUACAGCAGUUUCAGUUCAUUUGGUUUAUCAAAAAAGAAAUUUGAGUGGGUUUCAUUGACAGCCAGGAAACACACAGCUUCAGAUACACCAACACAGAAAUAAUUGAAGCUAUUUAAACAAGCGACAGAGUAGAGAAGGUUCUCAAUCGCACUAUAGAUGAUCCAAAAGAGAAGAACAUCACAAUCAGCAGCAAAAAAUUGAUUCCUGACUACGACACGACUAGUCCAGUGUGUGACAGGCCUUCAAAGAGCACAGCGUUUAACAGAUUGGAAUGAAAUGGACAAACCUUCAACUCGACCGUCAGAAGAAAGAUGUGCGUCCCUCAUUGACCUCAGCCCCUCCCUGUACGGCAAAGACCAGUGCAGACCAUUGCCCCUGAUGACUGAUGGAGAGCCGAUGUCCCUGGAAACGUAUCUCUUGAAUAAGGAAAUCCCAAUUUGUGCCAAGACAUGCGGCUCGGACCGCAGUUGUCCUGGCUGUUAUCCUUUUUUUCCUCCUCGCUCUGUCUCUUGUCUCCCCGUGUCCUCUUAUCUAAUUAUUUCUCACUGUCUCCGUCUCUCUCUCUUUUCCUCCUAUUUUUGCCCCCACCCUCAGGCCUCCAAACCCUCUAAUCCCUGUACGUUUUCAGCACAUACCGACCAUCCAGAGGAUGUGUAAUUUUGCAGGAAUCUGUGCGCGCACAGCAUUUUUGUUCUUGUGUAGUUCUUUUGUUUUUCUUGUGCCAUUUUGUAUAUUUCCUAUUAUGCGCAAGUACAUGUACUGAUGUACAUUUUGGUUUUUGUGUGCGUUUCUGUACAAGCAUAAACCUCUCUCGCCCAAUGGUCAGUGAUCUAAUGGGUGGAAAGAAGUGUAAAGGACGAGAGGACGAGGAGAAACAUUUGCAGGCCCAGUGGUGCUACUCCCUUCUUGAUAAGAAAACAUCCCAGUCCUUUCUUACUCAGGCAUGUUGUCCGUGAAACAUUGUGCUCCCUCUAGUUUGCAGAAAUAAUUACAUUAUUUUCCAUCUGAGUCAUCACAAACUUCCAGAAUAUGUGUACUGUAAUAUGUUAAAGAGUAUCCAAGUAUUUUCACCUACAUCAAUUAUAAUAUUAUAAUUUUUCAUUCUUCAUUGAGCUUCUAAAAGGGACAAUAGAGCAGGAGGUCAGUUAUGUUGUCUUGUGUGACCUUGCAGAUACAGCAUGACAAGACCUUUGUCAUAUCGAUGAAUCACUGUGAGCACAUUAAUGAAAAGGGCUUCUGUGAUUUGCACAUUUCCCAUUCGAAGAUGACAAUUUCAGCUAAAAAUCAGUGUGGAGUUCUGGCACCAACUUAACAAACCAGCCAAGCCACCAAACCAAACAUUCUUUCACCACUCACUGUCUAAUAAAGUUCACAUUGGUUCUGGCCUGUGGCUGAUCAGUCAAAAAGCACAAGAACCAAAGUUUCAAUGGAGUUUCCAUGUUAAGUUUGCAGAUGUGAAAAAAAAGAAAGAAGUAAUAUUAAGAAAGUAUAAUAAAGAAGUUUUGAACCUGUAAAGAACAAUUACAGACAGUUUUAAAUUCCAAGGGGUAAGAUAUACAGAGGAAUGCGGGACUCUGUUAAGUGUUACUCUCAACAGAGUAACAUUAUGACAAGCAACUGAUAAGACUGUAAACAAAAGUGUGUGUGUGUGCGCGCGUGUGUGUGUGUGUGUGUGUGUGUCUGCGUGUGCGUGCGCGUGUCUUUUUCUGAUCCUCUGCGGAGAAUGUUUGCUCAUUAGUUGGUACGUCACACAGCCAGUGUGUCGCUGCAAGCUGCUGGAACAAGCCUAAAGUUUGGAUUCUUUGUAAGUGAUGAUCGGGAGAUGAUGGAGAAAGGACGCAACACAAGACUGUUGCUGCUCUGUGUGUGUAUGGUCGCGUUCACCGACGUCUCUGCCUCUCCAGACGUCUGCACCAAUUCCCUUCUGCCCGGAGCUAAAGGAGAUCAGGGCGAGGUCGGAGAGGUGGGAGAUCAAGGAAAACUGGGGAAAGAUGGACCACCAGGACUUCCAGGAGCACCAGGGGAGAAGGGGCUUAGAGGAGAGGUGGGCCACACAGGAAAGAUGGGACCUGUUGGAGACAAAGACUUCCCCAAAAUGUGCAACCGCCAGUUGGGUUCAUUUCCAAAUCAAAGCUGGGACAAAGGGGAUGCGGGUGUGGAUGGGCCCUCUGGUCUAAAAGGUAAACCAGGCACUACCUGUGACUGUGGCAGGUACAGGAAAGUGGUUGGACAGCUGGAUGUCAACACAGGCAAGCUGAGGAACGCUGUCAAGUUUUUGAAAAACGUCAUCCUGGGACUGAAGGAAACGGAGGAGAGGUACUACCUGCUGGUGAAGGAACCCAAGAGGUUCAGAGAGGCUUCAAUGAACUGCAAGCUGAGAGGAGGCACCCUGGCCAUGCCGAAAACCACCAACACUAACCGUCUGAUGGCGGACUACGUCAGUCGGGCAGGACUGACACGAGUUUACAUUGGAGUGCAGGCUCAAAGCAAAGACACGAAUGGGACAAGCAGUUAUGUCUAUGCGGACUCCAGCCCUCUGCAGGGGUUCGCAGCCUGGGGUCCAGACGAGGAGCUGAAUUCCACAUUAUCUCCAACCACAAACUCCAGCUGCGUGGAGCUGCUCAGCACAGGAACAUGGGGCCCUGUGGAGUGUGAGGCCGCCAUGUUUUUCAUCUGCGAGUUCCCAAAGAGCAGGAGAAGAGGAGGAAGAGCAGGACGGGGAGGAAGAGGGACACCUGCCUCAACGUUAUCAUGAGCUAACGUGACAUUUAGACUUGCAUAUGCCAUGGCAUCCAUUAGUCCGAGAUGGCUGACCCAUGUAUGUGCAGGCUGACAUUUCUAAUUGUGUAUUGCAUGCAUUUUAUCCUCACACUACUUGUAUUAUUAAUCCAUCUGCUCUGAUUGUAAAACCCGCAGUGUCAAAUCCUGUUGUUUUUAAAUGUGCUACAUCAAUAAAGAGACUUGACUCGA